CAGAGUGGCAGUGCUGGCGGCUCACUGACCGCAUUAAUCGACCUCGGACGGCGUACUGUCGUGCAACACGACUCGCUGUCGCUGCUGCAGUUGCUGCUGCGUUGCCUAGUCGACUCGCCGCUCCUCUGCCCAGAACUGGGCUCAGCACUCAGGAGUGACAAUGGGCAUCAAAAUCGGCCGCCUCGACUUCAAGGCCCACGGGCUUCUCGGCACGGCCGGCCUCGUGCUCCUCGGCGCCGCGCUCUGCUGCAGCACGGAAACCGCGCGGUACCUUAUCAUGGCCUCGAUCCCCAUCACGACGGGCCUGGCCUACGGGAGCUACGCGCUGCUGGGCCACGCGCCCGAAAGAACGGUCAUCGCGCGCGGCAUCGUCGCGCCGCACCGCGAGGCCUAUAAGCGCGCCAUCGGCGUCGUGCUUUAUGUGAAUGUGCGCCUGGCCUGGGCCUGCGACCUGCUCGGCGCGCGCGUCUAUGGCGUCGCCUGCGCGCUGCUCGCGGCGAAACUAACACCAACCAAGGCCUUCGACAAUGGGAACACCUUCGUCUUCGUCGUGCCCAUUUUUUGUGGGGUGGGCCUCGAUGCGGUCCGGCAGCUGCGCUGUAUCGCGGCUCAAGAGUGCGCGUGGAACGCCGAGGUCGCGACGUUGAGAACGGUGGCGGCGGUGCAGUUUGUAGCAUUACUGGUGUCGUUCGCGUUCACGCUGGGCUUCCGGGGCUACAUCCGCCUCGCGCGGCUCUACGCGCUGUCGGCGGGCGCCGUCGCCGGCAUCCUGGGCGCGCUGGCGGGCGGCGGAUUGACGGGAGCCGUGGCCGUCGGAAUGAUUUCAGCGUUCCUCCUGGACCGCUGGAUCGCCGCGCGGCCGCCGCCGGACCCCAAGACGCUCAAAACGCUCGCGGCCGUGGCCAAGGCCCUCGAGGCGGAGCCGGCCGUGAGACGCAACGCGCGGUCCUUCGCCGAGCUCGGGACGGAGGACGUCGUGAAGGUCACGCCACCGGUCGAGUCUUCGGUGAGGCCCAACCCCCGGUCCUUUGGCGAGCUCGGCGAGGCGGCGGCCGCGCCCGAGAAGCCGAAUCUACUGGCGCGGGCGCGCUCCUGGCUCGCGGCUUCUGUCGAUGAAGAGGAACUGGACGGGCCCGAGGACCGCAUCGCCGUCGACCCGACGCAUGACAACGUCCGCAAGUGCCUCGCGCUCGUGCCCGAAGCUUUCGCGAAACAUCCGUCGGCGGAGGCCUGGGCGCGCCAGGCGCUGAUUGUCCAACGCGGCAACGUCGAGUACGCGGCCAAGAAGCUGACCAAGCUCGCCGCGUUCCGCGACCGCUACGGCUGGGCCUACCGGCUUGACGUCGACGACCGCGUGGCCAAAGCGUUAAGGUCGGACAUGCACUGGGUGCUGCCGGGCACGGACCGCCGCGGCCGCCGCGUCGUCGUCUACAACGCCCGAGCUUUGCGGCAGUCGAAGGACCUCGAGGCUCUGCAGAAGUCGCUAUGUUUGUUGCUGGAACGGAUCACGCGGGACGAGGAGACCGUGCGCCGCGGAGUGGUGGUGGUGGCGGACUGCUCGGGCUACUCGCUGUCGAUGCUCCGGAAGCUGUCGGUGGUGGACGCGCGGCGCGGGUCGGACAUGGUCGGCGACUUCCCCUGCCGCCUGCGCAUGAUCUACGCCGUGAACCUGCCGACGCUGUUGUCGCCGGUCGCGUCGUUUAUCCGCGCCUGUCUGUCCAAGCGGCAGAAGGACCGGCUCCGCGUGAACGUGUCGCUGUCGAAGCUGGCGGACUUUGAUCCGCUGCGUCUGCCGCCGUCGCUAGGUGGCAGUUUGGAGUUCGACUGGGCGGCGCUGGCGGAGGUUGUUGUCGAGGGCGGCGUGCCCGAGUAGUUUGUUGGUUGCUAACUUGUGUUCAUACUA